CAAAACAGAGAGCCCUGGGCUAGAGACCUCUAUUGGGGUUCUCCCUCCAUAGCCUCUCAGAUCCUAGAGUGUCUGACCCAACAGCCAUAGAGAACUCCACUCCAGCCUCCAGCUUCCCCUACCUGUUCCCUUAAAGCCCCAGACCAGCGUCCUCUCUGCCACCAGAUAGUAAAGACAUCUGGUGCUCACUAGCGUUCCUUAUGCUAAGGAAAAGCUAACAGGCUACAUCCUGACAGGGUAAGCCUGAAAAAAAAAACAAAAAAAACACAGAAUCCUAAGCUGGUGAUUCAAGGGGAGUCUGACCCAGCAGGGAUGACUUUCCCUGAAGGCCAGCUCUUCCAGCCUGCAGAUAGGAUUUUUCUCUCACGCAGCUCCGCUCACCAGCCACAGCGGCCCACAGCAGGUUAAACAUUCUACUGUGGGCUCCGCCUCCGCUAGACGAUCGCCGGAAUCUGACCGAGUCCCCGCCUCUGGCCCCGCCUCCUGCUCGCGCCUCCGCCUUCCUUGACCUUCAGCCACACCUCCCGGCCCACACUCCACGUCCUGCCCUCAGACUCUAGACCAGCUCUUUACAGGGUGACAACUUGUGGCCCCGCCCCCGAGGUUACAGGAGUGGGGGCGAUGCUGGAGAAGCAACUGGGUGCUUUGGCCUGCGAGCGGAUCCGAACGGACGGAAGUCGGCCGGGUGGGACACAGAGGGAUAGGCGUGCAAAGCCGUUUCCGGUGGCUAGAUUGUUGGCGGGUCCCUGACGCGUCCCGGCCGGUGUCUGAGUCAAGACCAGCGGGUCCCACCCUCCCCAUCUCAUGACGGUGACAUUUGGCGACGUGGCUGUGCACUUCUCUCGGGAAGAGUGGCAAUGUCUGGAUUCCGGUCAGAGGGCCCUCUACAGGGAGGUGAUGCUGGAGAACCACAGCAGUGUGGCUGGGCUAGGAUUCCUGGUCUUUAAGCCUGAACUGAUCUCCCGGCUGGAGCAAGGACAAGAACCGUGGGCCCUGGAUCUACAGGGAGCAGAGGGGACAGAGGCACCAAGGAUUUGCCAGACAGACUCCAAUACUAGAACUGAUUGCAGGCAGACCUGUGAGUACACGAAUCUUCUCAAAAGGCAGAUUCCUGACUUUGGAGGCAAUUUGGAUUCUAAGGUCUGGUCAGAGAAUUGCCCAAGAAGCCUUGGGCUAAGAGUGAGUGGCUCCCUUUUCCAGGAGCACCAUUUGAAAAACGAGACCAUGAUGCCCAAGAACUUCACAAAGGAUGCUGUCAAAGAAUGUAAGGAGCUGCAGGCCACUGAUUUGGGUUAUCAACCAGAUGACCUUAGAGACCAUGUGAAGGGGACAUCAGAAAACUGUGAAGUGUGUGGCAGAGUCGUUAGGCCAGUUUUGAACCUGGAUCCGUAUGAAAUGAAUGGGCAGGAAAGACCAUACAGAUGUCAGGAGUGCCAGGAAACAUCAUCUGACUGCAAACAGGAGAAACACACAGGUGACUGCCAUGGGAAGAAGCCAUAUGGGUGUGAGGAGUGUGGGAAAGUCUUUAGGCUGUGUUCACAACUCAAUCAGCAUCAGAGAAUCCACACCGGAGAGAAACCAUUUAAAUGUGUUGAUUGUGGGAAAGGUUUCCGCCUGAGCUCAAAACUUAUUCAGCAUCAGAGAAUUCACACUGGAGAGAAGCCUUACAGAUGUGAGGAGUGUGGGAAAACCUUUGGUCAGAGCUCAAGCCUCAUCCAUCAUCAGAGAAUCCACACGGGAGAAAGGCCAUACAGUUGUCAAGAGUGUGGGAAAUCCUUCAGCCAGCAGUCACAGCUGGUCAGACAUCAGAGGACUCACACUGGAGAGAGGCCCUACCCCUGCCAGGAGUGUGGCAAGGCUUUCAGCCAAAGCUCAACGCUAGCCCAACAUCAGAGGAUGCAUACUGGGGAGAAAUCACAAAUGCCCAGAGCUUCCGGGAGCCCAAGCCUUCUUGCCCGUCAGAGAAACAACACUGUAGAGAAGCCAUUUAAGUGUGAGGAGUGUGGGAAAGCUUUCAGGUGGAUCUCUCGUCUGAAUCAGCACCAGCUGAUCCAUACUGGAGAGAAACCUUAUAAGUGCAACAAGUGCACAAAAGCCUUUGGUUGUAGCUCUCGACUGAUUCGCCAUCAGAGAACUCACACUGGAGAAAAGCCGUUUAAGUGUGAGGAGUGUGGGAAGGGCUUCGUCCAGGGCUCACAUCUUAUUCAGCAUCAGCGAAUCCACACGGGAGAGAAGCCUUAUGUGUGUGAUGACUGUGGGAAGGCUUUUAGCCAGAGCUCCAGCCUCAUUUACCACCAGAGGAUCCACAAGGGAGAGAAGCCAUAUGAGUGCAUCCAGUGUGGAAAAGCCUUCAGUAUGAGCACGCAACUCACCAGCCAUCAGAGGAUUCACACCGGGGAGAGGCCCUAUAAGUGUAGCGAGUGUGGAAAGGCCUUCAGUCAAAACUCAACCCUUUUCCAACACCAGAUAAUCCAUGCUGGAGUAAAGCCCUAUGAAUGUAGCGAGUGUGGAAAGGCCUUCAGCCGGAGCUCCUACCUUAUUGAACACCAGAGAAUACAUACUAGAGCCCAGUGGUACUAUGAAUUUGGGAACACCACUGAGAGUUCCACCUUUUUGAACCAUAAAAAAGUGAACCCUGUAAAAAAGCUGCAUCAGUGUGAUGACUGUGACAAGAUAUUCAGGUGGCGCUCACACCUGGUUAUUCACCAGAGGAUCCACACAGGAGAGAAGCCUUACAGAUGCAAUGCCUGUGGCAAAGCUUUUAACCGGAGCUCGAGGCUCACUCAGCACCAAAAAAUUCACAUGAGAUAAAUCACUUACCGAAAUGUCUUAGCUACUUCUCUUUCGCUGUGAUGGCACCAUGACCAAGGCAACUUACACAAGCGUUUACAUAGGGCUUACAGUUUCUGAGAGGGUUAGUUUCAGAGAGUGUUCACGGCCAUCUAGGCAGGGAGCGAGGCGGCAAGCAGGCAGGCAGGCAGGCAGGCAGGCAGGCAGGCAUUGAUGCUAGAGCAGUAGCUUAGAGCUCACAUCUUGAGACAGCCAGUUACUAGGCAGAGAGAACUAACUGGAAAUGGCGAGAGUCUUUAAAAGACCCCAGAGCUCGCCCCCAGCGACACACCUCCUCCAAGGCCGUACCUCCGAAUAAUUACCGAACACUUCCACCAACUGAGGACCCGGUGUUGAGACCUGAGCUCGUGGAGGCCAUUCUCAUCCAAACCACCACACUACGUGAAUAUGAAACUGUGAAUACACCUGAAGCCUUAUUUUAUUUGGGUAAUUUAUGCUAACAGAAACUUGAGGAUGCUAGGAAGGAUUCAGAUUUGUUCUUAAAGAAUAGUCUACUUAGGACAUGUUUUGUUUCUGUAAUAUUUUAGCAUUCACCCAUUAAAUGAAAGUGCGUGUCACACUGAAGGUGUAGCCCAUGCUUUGAACUCACUGUGAGUCUCUGUGCUACAGGAAAGAAAUAGCUAUCAGGAAAGCCUUGCGAGCCCUAGGAAACAGCUUAAGGGAAGCCACCAAAUCCAGGCCUGGUGGUACAUACUCGCAAGCCCAGCAUUCAGGCAGAUGCAGAACGUCAUCUAGACCAUGUCUUUAAAAAUAAGAUUAAAAUUAAAAAGGAAAAAAGUCCUGGGUAUGGUGGUGUGUGCCUUUAAUCCCAGAAAUUGGAAGGCAGAAGAAAAUUCUGGAGUUAUAGCUGGGAAGGAUCUUACUCUCGAGAGCAUCUUUUCUGUUGUUCCAGUUCAGAGCGUCUCUAUAACAGUGCUAAUCCCUUUAGCAAUUACUAAUUACUGCGUCUUGAUCACAUGACUUGGCUACCACCUUAAGCUUCCUAGAGCUUGUUUCCUCUCCACACUAUACAUUUUUCACUUCUUUUUUUAAGAUUUAUGUAUUUUAUGUAUGAGUACACUGUUGCUGUCUUCAGACACACCAGAAGAGGGCAUCAGAUCUCAUUACAGAUGGUUGUGAGCCACCACGUGGUUGCUAAGAAUUGAACUCAGGACCUCUGGAAGAGCAGCCAGUGCUCUUAACCGCUGAGUCAUCUCCCAGCCCCCAUUUUUCAUCGCUCUCUGCCCCGAUUUUUGCUUUUUUUUUCCAUUGUAGAUUCCCCAGAAGAACAAUUAGUAAUAACCAUGCCAUUGCUGUCUUGAGAGAUCCUCCAACCAAAUGAAUUAGUUAUGUAAGGAUUGUUUAAAAUAUUCACUUUAUGUAUAUGAAUGUUUUGCUUGUGUGUACGCCCGUACCUGGUGCCUAUGGAGGUUAGAAGAGGGCAUUGGAUUCCCCUGGCACUGGGAUUAUGGACUGUUGAAGAUGCCAUGUGGGUGUUGGGAAUUGAACCCUGGUCUUCUCUAAGAGUGUCAGGUGCUGUUAACAGUUGAGCCAUGUCUUCAUCAACCUCUCCACUGCUUUUUAAUUAGCCUCAAGUAAGUUCUUAGGAUACUGGCAGAAGGCAGCCAGAUUCUUUGCCAAAAUAGCACAAAUGGUUAUUUUUAAUAGAGACCUUGUUUCUUUCUGAAAUUGUAUGAGCUGGUCCUCCCCUCUCUGCACUUGACUGCCAGGAUCCUACAGGAAUGGUGCCUUAAUUUCUCUUUAGGGCAGUUGAUGGCCUUUCUAGUCCAAACAAUGUUUUUAAUUUUUUUGGGUUUGUGUGCCACCAGCACACAAUCCAAACUUUCAAAAUAUUUCACACUCUUUCAAACCUUAACCCAUCCUGUGCCAGCUCCUGGGGCAUCUGCUAAACUGUAUACCUCAGCAAGCCUGACAGAACUCAGUCCAUAAAGGCAAGUGACUGUGUAUUCGUGACUGCUUGGUACCCUGUGGUUGACUAACAACUCUACCAGGGUCAGGAACACACUAAACCUGUUUCCUCAGAUAGUGGAUGAUUCCGUUGGGCUGGUAUGGCCUUGCUUCAGAAUUUCAGGCGUCUGUGCUAGCUUCCAUUCCACAUCUUUUUAAUUGCUGGCAUCAUUGUACCAUUUGCAUUUUUUAAAAUUUAUUUUGAGACAUGAUCUUAAUAUGUAUCCCUUGCUAUGUAGACCGUGGUAGCCUUGGACUCAAGUUUGUUGCAAUACUCUGUCUCUUCCCUGGAGUGCUUGGAUUGCAGGUGUGGGAUCAUGGCCAGCCUCUUCACUGCGCCUCUUUAUACUCCCUUCCCCUGAAAUAGAUCCUUAUGUUACUAAGAGUGAGCCCUUAGCAUGAAGCCACCGCCUUGUGUCACUCAUUGUACCCUAACUUCCCGCCAGGACUGGGUAGUCUGUGGGCAGUCCUUUCCAAAUGGCUAUCAGAGACCCAGGCUUUGUGGGGUACUUCUGGCUUGUGUUGGCAGAUGCCACAACAGGAUUGUGUCUGGAAAAGAUUUUACAAAUGCCUAUGAGGGGAAAUAGGGAGAUCACCAGAAAAAUGGAACCAUCAGACUAUACCCAGAGCUUGGUACAGAAGGGAAAAUCCUGAAAGGAUCCCUGGCAGCUGUGCGGGGAUGUCCUUCCUUCCGGGCCACACCAGCACAUGAUGCUGUGCUACUCUGGGACUCGUGCUUUCACGUCUUUCAAAAGGUGCUUUCUGGUUGAUGAUAAAGCUUGGUUGAAUGCAUACCUAGAAUUCACAAAACCCGGAUUCGUAUCUCCCAACAUCUCAUAGAAAUGAUCCUUAUGUUACCUGAGGUGGAGCCCACCUUUAAGCCCCGUACUUGGGGCAGAGGCAGGUGGAGCUCUGUGAAUUUGAGGCCAACCUGGUCUACAGAGAGUGCUAGGACUGUUACACAGAGAAGCCCUGUCUUGGAAAACCUAAGUAAGUAAGUAAGUAAGUAAGUAAGUAAGUAAGUAAGUAAAUAAAGUUGAGGUGUGGUAGUGCUUGCUCUCAGAAAGUAGAGACAGGAGGAUCAGAAUUCACAGUCCUCCUUAGCUCCAUGGCAAGCUCAAGGCAAGGCUGGGAUAUGUGAGUCCUUGUCUUUUAAAGGAAGGACUUUGUAUCAGCCUUACCUCCCAUGAUGUUACUUCAUCCCCCUUUAUAAUAAACAACUAUUAAGUUUAUGUCAUUAAAAAAAGAAAAACAUUCAGGGUGGAGAGAUGGCUCAGCGGUUAAGAGCACUGACUGCUCUUCCAGAGGUCCUGAGUUCAAAUCCCAGCAACCACAUGGUGGCUCACAGCCAUCUGUAAUGGGAUCUGAUGCCCUCUUCUGGUGUGUCUGAAGACAGCUACAGUGUAUUCAUAUACAUAAAAUAAAUAAAUCUUAAAAAAACAAAACAAAACAUUCUUCUUACUUUUUGAGAUUCUUGUAUAAUUGCAUCUGUCCCUGCUUCCCUUUCCUCCAUCCUUCCCCUCUUUAUUGUUACAUGCACACAUGUAUAUGUACAUACAUAUAUAGUCCUAAUCAUGUAAUGACAACCCACUCAACCUGUACAAUGUUACUGAUGGUCCUGGGUUCCAUAAGAAAUCAAGCUGAGAAAACCAUGGGGAGCAAGCCAGCAAGCAACACACCUCCAUGGCCUCUGUACCAGCUCCUGCCUCCAUGUUUCCAACCUUGCUUGAGUUCCUGCCCUGACUUGCUUCAGUGAUGGACUACAAUGUAGUGAGUUUAAGCCAAAUAAACCCUUCCCUCCUGGAC